AUCAAGUCAAAGAAAUUACUUUUUUUAGCUGUACAUACAACACACUCAUCUAAGUGCUUGUACGGGUGUCAAUAAAGUAGUAAAAAGUAUUGUUGUCGCAGUACUGUCAUCAUUUGUCACUUCUUGAGUUUGAAUAAAAUACAAAAUAUCGUACCAGCCGACAGCUUAUCAGCUGUUCUUCGUUGAAUUAUACAUAUGUCACAUCCUACCCAAUGAAAAAUCAGCAGUGCGAAAAAGUCCUCGGAGAGCGGCCUAAAAAAACGAAACUGCACGUACGAUUAACCUGCCGCUGAAGCGCGCGAGAGGAGGGGCGAUAAGUAAUAGGCUUCGAGACGGUCCGCAGUCGCGCGCGGACUUUCGAAUGAAGCGGGAGCACCGGUUACCGCUAGCCAAGGAGGAGUCGACAUCAGCAGCUCGUUACCUACCCCGUUGUGCGUACAAGUCCUCGUCGGCAUCAUCCGGCUUGGGUAUGCUGUUCCUCAUCCUGGGCUCGGUGGCCACCCUGCUGGGCUACGGCCUCGUCAGAAGACGCAACAACGGCAGAAUCGCCUUUGCGCUCGACUGGCUCAGACUCCAGGUCGAGUACAACGCGGUCGCUGUCAAGGAGAUUUUCUACGACCGGCUACAGGCGCGAUACAACAGGACAGAGUUGCCGCUCAUACCAGGCAGAAUAGCUAUCGUGACGGGCGGCUCUCGGGGCAUAGGCGCAGAAAUCGUUCGUAUGCUCCUGCAGUGCGACUUGGAAGUCAUAAUCGCUUGUCGAAGACCGGCGGCCGGCGACAAGGUUGUCGAGGACAUAAGGAAGUCGGGCGUCCUGACUGGAAAGACCAAAGUCAUGAAGCUGGACAACUCGAGCCUGGGCUCGGUCCGGGCGUUCGUCGAGGCGUUCAAAAACAACUACAAAAAACUCGACAUUUUAAUAAACAACGCCGGAGUCAUGUUCCCGCCGUAUGGGGAAACGGAGGAUGGCUUCGAGGAGCAGUACGGCGUGAACUACCUGUCCCACUUUUUGCUGACCGUAUUGCUGAUACCUCUGUUGAAAAACGCCGGCGAUUCCGGGCACCCCGCCAAAAUCGUCAACGUAUCAUCGUGCGCCCAUCUUUUGGGUGACAUCAACUUCGACGACAUCAACAGACGAAAAGGUUACUUUUUGACCGGCGUCGCUUACGCCCAGAGCAAGUUGGCCCAAGUGUUGUUCACAAAGAGCCUGGCCAGGCUGUUUGAGGAGAAAAAGUUGCCGAUUCGGGCCAACGCCGUUCACCCCGGCAUCGUGGCCACGGACCUCUUCGACAACUCUUAUCUCAAGUAUUUGAAACCAGUGGGCCGGCUUUUGUUCAAGACUCCGAGGCAAGGGGCGACGCCUAUAGUAUACGCGGCGGUCAGUCCGGCUGUGGAGCACAAAUCGGGCCUGUACAUCAGCAACUGCCUCGAAUCGACAAUUAAUCCGCUAGCAGCUGACAAAGCCGUUCAAGAUCGACUUUUCGAGCUAUCGCUUAAACAAGUUGGAUUACAAAAUGCCUUUGACACCACGUAAUCCUUUUUUUAUUUUGAACGUUUUUCAUAGCAAUAUAUAUCGUACCUCGCCUUCGGCUCGAGCAAUGACUACAGUUCAAUUUAUGUCUUAUUAGGUACGUAAUGUAUACUAUUUCUAAUUGACCGCAUAUAUUUUAUACAAAAAACUGAUGCGCUCGUUUGUAAAAGAUAACUGUAUAGCCCCGUCUUUGUCCCUUUCCGUUAAAGAUUCUAUAGGGUAAUUAAAUGACUGCUCUUUGAUGUAAAUUAUGUAGAUAUGUUACGCAGUUUCAUGUUUAAUAAUUUACCAUUAUACCUUUGGUUUUACUAUUUUUAUUAAAUACUUUUUUGUCAUCAGCUUAACAUAGGGCAGAAUGUGAUUUCUCGUAAUAAAAGAUCAAGAGUUGAGCUUUACGUCAUACGUGACAAACACGCGGUCGUUCGUGAGGCUUGAGUGUCGACGAUUAUAAUAGUUGAUGACGGAGUGCUAACUGGAUGUUAUCAUACUUAUUUUUAUACAUUUUCACAGUAGAUAAUAUAUUAUAGGUACAUAAUGUGAUAUCCAUAUAUGAGUGUGUGUGUCUUGUUGUGUUCUGAUUUUGAUCGCACGUACGCACGCACGUAUAUACAAGACUUUAUUACAUCUAUAUGUUAUGAUUUCUCAAGUGCUAAACUUAGAUGUACAAAAAUGUACUUCCAUCCAUACUUUAGCAUAAAUUUUACCUGCAAAACUACGAAUAAUCAAUAACUAAAAUGAUUGAAGCGAAGCUUCGUACGUAUGGCCGUCCAUUUAAAAAGGAGAUUUUUGUUAUGUCGAGUGGUUAACGCGUUAAUUUAAUUGCAUAAAAAAUAUUUUUUUUUUGUUCUUUUGUAAAAUUAAUCUAAUAAAAUUGUUAUACAUGAUGACAAUCAAACGAAAAUUUCUUUAUUUCGAAAUACUUAAAAGCCUUUUGGCUGGUCAAAAAUCUCUCACUGCCCGAUAUAAGUAUAAUGUUUGAGAUAUCCGACCAAGCGAGCACGAGCGUCCAAAAUGUGAAAUCAGUGAGUAUAGGUAUAUACUUAUUUUGUAAAGGAUGUGUACUUAUGUAAAUAAUAUUGUUAA